GCGAUGGUGACACUUAGAGAAUUGGUCGAUUGACAAAUGUCAAAAUAGAAAACAAAAGUACGCGUCGCUCUUAGAAACAUACACAGUCUGUGGGCAAUUUUUUAUUUUAGUUAUUUAAUUUCGGUGGCAAAGAACUUGAAUAAUGUCGUCUAAACAGGAUCAAGAUAAGAUCUACAUAUCACUUCUUGGGCUGGCUGAAUAUUUUCGCACCACCAAUCCACCGAAUAUCAAAAAAUGUAUCCAGAGCCUGCAAGCACUGUUCACAUUUAUGCCACCGACGAAAGUGGUCGCCCGUACUCACCUCCAAAUGGGACAAGUUUUAUUAGUUUACACACAAAACGUUGACUUGGCUCGCCAUCACUUGGAGCAAGCGUGGAUGCUGUCGGAGAAUGUGCAAAAUUUUGACGAUGUAAAAUUUGAUGCGGCCAGUUUGAUUGCCAAAUUGUACCAGGAGCAAAAUCAAAGCAUCAUGGCAAAACAAGUACUGAGGAAGGCGUUGCAAAUAUCACAGCACAAUGUUUACUGGCACUGCAGGCUGCUUUUCCAAUUGGCCCAAUUACACGCGAGCGAUAAGGAAUAUAGUGUUGCAUCGGAGCUUUUGGCACUCGGCGUGGAAUCGACAGAAGAAACGAAUGCAACAUACUUGAAAGUGCUAUUUCUACUAAGUCGUGCCAUGAUCUUAUUGAUUGACCGGAAAAUGAAUGACGUGCUGGCGAUAUUCCAUCAGGCGAGCAUCGUCAUCGAGAACUCCAUUCAGAAUUUGCAUUUGAAAGAAUACCUCAAAGUUUUUUAUUUGGUGCUACAGGUGUGCUAUUACUUGGCAUUAGGUCAAGUAAAAACGGUGAAACCGAAUCUAAAGCAACUUCAGCAAAGCAUCCAGUCGUUGUUGUCUCCCACUUGGCCACCGGACGAAGUGAUUUUCGGUCAAAAUGGAACCAACACCUUGGAAAUGUUCAUGUGGUUACCUAAAGAGCAAUUGUAUGUGCUCGUUUAUUUAGUGACAGUGUCACACAGUAUGAUGGCUGGAUACAUGGAUAAAGCGCAAAAAUUCACCGAAACCGCAUUGGAGCAGAUUGAAAAAUUGCGUGCUCAAGAAAACAAGCCGAUUCUCUCAGUUUUUCAAAUUACUUUACUCGAGCAUAUCAUCAUGUGUCGACUGAUUAUGGGCAACAAAACGGCAGCUAUUAAGGAAAUCUCACUGGCUCGCGACGUGUGUGUCAACUCCCCCGACAAGAAACUGUUGCAGCGUCACUCCGCUCAAUUGCAUUGUCUGCUUGGCCUAUACGCAAUGUCAAUCAGUUUCUUUGAGCAGGGGGAACGUCAGUUGCUAUGCUGCAUUCAGGAGACUUCUGAGCGCGAUCUAAAGCUAUUUGCUAAUUUAAAUCUGGCGAUAAUUUAUCUGCGAACAAAACGUGAAAAUGAUUUGCGUCAAAUACUCGAUGCGGUUUCGUCGGAGAAUUCGCAGUGUAUGAACAGUCAAGCGUUGAUGGGCUGCUUUUACUAUGUUCAAGGUUUGAACUCAUUUCACAAGAGUAGUUUCCAUGAAGCGAAGCGUUUCUUGCGUGAAACACUGAAAAUGGCCAAUGCCGAAGAUUUGAAUCGGUUGACAUCGUGCUCAUUGGUGUUGCUAAGCCAUGUCUUUUUAAGUAUUGGCAAUUCAAAAGAAAGUAUGAACAUGGUAACGCCGGCCAUGCAAUUGGCAUCCAAAAUCCCGGACAUUAACGUCCAAUUGUGGGGGAGUGCGAUCCUAAAAGAUCUUUAUCGAAUGUCACAAGAGGUGCACCAAGAGACUGAAGCGUACAACAAUCAUGUGGCAUUCUCACAAACUCUUCUCGCCGACCAAUACACAUGCACUCAGUCACGUGAACACGCAAUUUUGCUGAACUGGUUUAAUGGGGAUCCACCUACGUAUACCGACGUUCAACAACAGCAGCAACAGCAACAAAACGCCAUGGCAAUGCCAUCAACAUCAUCAUACGUCCAAAACUAUGGCGGUGCACAAUAAACACCAUUAACAUUUUUCCUUUCCUUUUCGUCAUUAUUUUAUGACUUCGAUUGCGUGUAUUUAAAACAUUUUUUGAGCAAAUCUAAUCUAAUAGUAUAAAUUGUAACUUGGUUGAGAAAGAACACAAUUAUCGAUAAGGAAUAAAAAGUCGAAAACAGCGUCAACUUAA